AAGCCAUGCUUCCCCAAAAAUGUGAACAAUAAAAAAAGAAAAAACAUAGCUAUUUUCCUUCAAUUGGCAAGGGUUAGUGCUAUCCGGGAUGCAUUUUAAUCCCUGGAUUGAAACAGAGUCAUAAAGUAGGACAAAUUACAUAACAACCUGUGAUCUCCAAACCCAGUCACGUAGCAGCCUAUAGCCCCUCUCACACUGCGUAGCCGACUCACUGACCCAGGUAAACCUGCCAAUCUCUCACUUCUUCUUUCUCAUUUUAUGAAGCACCAUCAAACAUGUGAUGCCAUGAUGUGACAGAUCAGUUUUGUCCUAGUUUACCAUCGCUAAUACGAAAUCCAGAAAGUCUGCCAGAACCUCCGACCCAGAUACGCAGAUUGAAAUAGGGAGCAUGCUCAGUACAGUUAUCACUGCGUCGAGGGCUUUGUUGCGCCUGUCUUGACUUCAGAGAGCCCGCCACAGAGAACAGAACUGGCAGAACCGAACACAUCUCUAUUGGAUCGAUCACUCUUGUGUGUUCAAAUAAGAACAUUUUACUAAAUGAUAUAGCUAAACCGUGCAAUAAAGUUUUCUCCUUGCGCUUUCUGGAAGUCCUGCACUGUUCGAGUCCCAAACGUGGGGCAACCCAGCGUCACUUUCUAACCUAACCAGAAUAUUGCUGUUUUAAAAAUAGCUCCCGUAGCCUAGAUAGUGUCCAAUAAGAAGGUAGAGCCGAGAAAGAGACUCCCCUGUAUUGAAUAAGAAAUACCCCAUGGGCAGCGGAGUUGGCUUUGGCCUGUAUGUCCAAUAGCGCAGAGAGCAAGUUUAUGAUCAAAGGUCUAGUGAAAUAGCUCACAAUAUAGUGACAUUUUUUUGUGCAACCUACAAAUCUUCCGUAAUGAACAGCGUCAUGCAAGAGAAUAGGGUACAGUUUGAUUUAGUGCCCAGAACACAUGGUUUGCCAAACCAUCUUGCACAACGUCUCGCAAACCAUAUUGCAUUGAGGAGUGAGUCUUGCUCUGAAGAUAUAUUGAAAUAUAGUGUAAGUAAGAAUGUUUGCGGCCAUUGAAAUAAAUGGACACUUAUUGAAUAAAGCUCAGAUUGUCCCAAAAGUAACAUAACGACGCCAUACCAUCAGGCGUCGUUAUGUUACUUUCGGGACAAUCUGAGCUUUAUUCAAUAAUAUAUGUAUAUCUGUGUAUAUGUGCAUGUCAAUAUAUAUGUAUAUGUAGGCUAUAUACAUUAAUUUACACUCAACAUUUUGUGACAUUGUUUGAGAAAAUGUAAUUGGGUGCAGACAUUAUAGUUAUUGUCUCAAAUCGUGCUGUAUUUGAGCAGGUCUCGCACAUUUAUUGCCGAGCCCUGAUCAGAUUUACCACUGGAAACUCAUAAGAGCAAGGAAGUUGAAACUCACCGGAACAGGUUCGUGUGAAGGGACGACCUUAUAUGGCAUGUCAUAGCCGAGGUUUCCGGCAAUGGCGGUGCGCUGUAUAGAUAGGAAAACUGCAUUUAUUUCGAAAACCACGGCAAAAAAGGAGCGGCCGUCUCUUAUUUCUAUAUAGAAACUACUUUUGUUAUAAUAUGCACCAUGUGAAAUAUUUUUUUUAUUUUUAUAUUUGGAUAAACAGUCUCCCGCUCUCCGCAUUUACUCUGACAAGCCUUCCGUGUACUCCACUGCGUUGCCUAAAUACGGCUUUCCUCCAGUCCUUAUUUGGACAUUUACGUCACGUUAUGAGGCUUUAUAAAGCGGUGGAAUCCUCAGCCUAGUGAAACAGUUCUCGGAGCCAAAUAGAGCUUCUGUCAAUACGCUACAGAGCAGACAGCCCCAUAGUAGGCAAGUUUAGAACUUAUUCUAGCACACACCAAACACGUGAUCUAAAAGAUUAAUCAAAAGGGAAAACACAACAGCAACAUAUUUCUUAAUUCUUGAUCACAGUCACUCAUCAGGAUUAUUAGAAACAAAUAUAUGUUUUCAUUCCUACCCUUCUGGAAUGAAUGAACCACAACAUAAAUUUUGAAGACUGGGACCUUUUGCAAAGAUGCCAAGUUGAAAGCAGCAAAGCCUUUGGAUUCCUCUGACCAUCUUCCUCGACAAAAGAGCAGUAGCAGCAUCUUUAGAAUUAUCCUCUAAAGACAGCUGGUAAUCUCCUCUCACCCGAGACAAGCAGGAGCAGCGUCUCCACCUCCAGCUACUCUGUCUCCAGACAGCCAGAACACCGGCAGCACCAGUACCAUGGCUGCAGCCAAGACAGAGAUGCUCCUCUCAGCUCUGCAGACAUCAGACCCACUAGGCUUCCCCUACUCUCCCAUGGACAGCUACCCCAAGCUAGAGGAGCUGAUGUUGCUCCACUCAGCAGGGACCACAUUCCUGGCUGCCUCCACACCAGAAGGUGUAGGCUUUGGGACCGGGGAAACAGGAGACUCAUACGAACAUCUGAAUGGAGAUACAUUACCUGACAUCUCUAUCGGCUGUGACAAGUCUUUCAUCGACCAGACCUACUCAACCCCUCGCCUGCCCUCCAUUUCCUACACAGGGAGGUUCACCCUGGAGCCUGCAACCAGCUGCAGCAACAGCCUGUGGGCAGAGCCAUUAUACAGCCUGGUCAGUGGGCUGAUAGGCAUGUCCCAACCGCCCACCUCAGUUGCCCCGUGCUCCUCUGCUGCUCCAGCCAGCUCCUCCUCACACACCAUGAGCUGCUCUGUCCAAAUUGGUGAUUCCAACCCCAUCUACUCUGCUGCACCCACUUAUUCUAGUGUUAGCCCUAACCUCUUCCCUGACUCUAACCAGUCCUUCCCCAGCCCGUCAAACACCUCAGUCCAGUACCCACCACCCACCUACGCCAGCAGCAAGACCUGCUCCUCCAACAUGGCUCUGCCCAUGAUCCCAGACUACCUGUUCCCCCAGCAGCAGGGUGAGAUCAGCCUGCUUCCCCCCGACCAGAAGCCUUUCCAGUCUCAGAGCAUCCAGCAGCAGCUCUCCCUCACACCCUUGUCCACCAUCAAGGCUUUCGCCACACAGACUGGCUCUCAGGAUCGUAAAGGUUCCUACCAGUCUCCGCCGGUUAAGCCCAACCGCAUGUGCAAGUACCCCAACCGCCAGUGCAAGACCCCGCCCCACGAGCGCCCCUAUGCCUGCCCCGUGGAGACGUGCGACCGCCGUUUCUCCCGCUCAGAUGAGCUGACACGCCACAUCCGCAUCCACACGGGCCAGAGACCCUUCCAGUGCCGCAUCUGCAUGCGCAACUUCAGCCGCAGCGAUCACCUGACCACACACAUCCGCACGCACACCGGCGAGAAGCCCUUCGCCUGCGACAUCUGCGGCCGCAAAUUUGCCCGCAGUGAUGAGCGCAAAAGGCACACCAAGAUCCACCUGAGGCAGGCAAAGGACAGAAAGGUGGAGAAGGCAGGGCCCACCCCCAUGGCCAUCCCCUCCCCAGUCUCAGGGUACUCCUCCCCCUCCACAUCAUACCCCUCUCCUAACUCCUCUUACUCAUCUCCAGUGCUGUCUUCAUACCCCUCCCCAGCGCCCUCCUGCUAUUCCUCCCCAGUGCACAGCUCUUAUGGCUCCCCAUCAGUCAACACCAUGUACUCCUCAGCCUCCAGUACAUUUCAGACACCGGUUUCCACCUCAUACGGCUCCCCCACAAACAUUUACAUCUCCCAAGUGGGCACUCCUCAGUCAAAACUGCAGUCCACACUCUCUCCAAAAAACAUUGAUAUCUGCUAAGACUUUCAUAUCUUUAAUUAUCAUUUAUUUUUAUUUUUGAAAAGAAGAAGGAAACAACAUUGUUACAUUUUCAAAUGCACUUUUACUCCCUCGUCCAUACAGCGAUUACAGAUCAUGAAACAUGACAGAGAGAGAUGGCCGAGGAUAGAAAGGGAACUGUUUCUCUCUUCAACUCAACCUCAGUACUUCAAUGAGUCUUCAGAGAUCUAAAGAACAUAGAAUAUUGGGCUUUGGUGGUACUUUUGCUACCGACAACCUGAAAUUCAAAAAGACUGAUGGGUACGCAAACAGCCCCAUGUAUAGUGUCCUUUUAGACUUAAUUAGACGUACUUAGACUUACUUUUAGACUUAUUAGACUUAUUUAGACUUACUUGGACUUACUUUUAGACUUAUUAUCGUUCUUUACAUGGUAUCAUUUGAACUUGAUGGCACCAUGUUUUUCUCUGAAUAUAUUUUCUCUUGUAGUAACAAUGUGUGACAACUUUAUUGGGGAAGAACAAUUACGUAUUCGAGCAUGUUAACUGUAACACUGGCAUUUGUUUCUAUGCUUUGUAUAUAUCACCCACUUGUACUAUCUCCCAUGUUGUUUUUUUAUCACCAUGAAAUAAUGAACAUUCUUCAUUAUAAACGUUUUGGUGGCUUUUUUGAAGCUUAGCAAACAAAGCUAUGUUUUGUUUAUCACUCUGUGAUCCGUAGCCUUAAGGUGUGAAGUGUAUUUUUUUUUAAUGGAAUGCAAGAGCGAUUUUAAGGGGCAAUUUGGAGGAAACCGAGGUCACAGAUUACACAAGAAUGUAAGCAAAAUAAUAUAUAUUUUUGUAACUGAACUGUAAAUACAGUCUGUAUGCAUUCAGGAGUCAACAUGUUGUUCUUACCUACUGAGUAGGCAUUGGAUUUUUGUAUGUUAUUUACAUGCAGUUCAUUAUUGUGUGGUUAUUUUUAUUUGUUGUUGUGUUUGUGAAAGCAAAUGACUGUUUUUGGCUACUUAAGGCAUUGAAUGCGCUUAACUGCCAAUGAUAUUUGGUGUACAUGAUAUCCUUCAAGAACAGGGAUAUUAAUAAAAUAUCAAAAUAUUAUGAUAAAA